GUGGCCCUGAUUGAGUGUCAUGGAACCGGAACUGCUCUGGGAGAUCCGAUUGAAGUGGAUGCUUUGCGGGCGGUCCUUGGCGGCGAAGGUAGCCCUGUUCUGGGAGCUGCCAAGACCAACAUUGGGCACCUGGAGGGCUCAGCAGGUAUUGCCGGCUUCCUCAAGAGCGUGCAUGUCUUGCUGGAGGGAAAGAUACCUCCUAAUUUGCAUUUCCGGAGCUUGAACCCUCACAUCGACCUGGAUGGCUUUCCUGCGGUGAUUCCACAGACACACAUCUCCGCACCCUCUGAAGAUAUGGUCUCAG